AUGCCCGCGUAUUCUCCGCUCUCUCUGGUUUUCCUUGCGGUGCUUGGUGCGGCCGCCAGUCAACCAAGUUUGAGUGAUGCGCAGGUCUCGGAGAAGUGGAACCGACUAGGGAAUUUGUCGCCCUAUCACAAGGCGCCUAUACCGUCCGGUGUGAAAGAAGUCCUACCGGCUGACUGUAGAGUCGAUCAGGUUAUGUUGACUGGCCGGCAUGGUAGUCGAUAUCCCCUCGCUUCAGAGUUAAUCUUCAUAACGAAUAUGACGGCGAAACUCUCGUCCAACGCGCAAGCGAUAUCUCGCUCUCGACUACCGAAAGAACUUCGGUUUUUGGAGAACGGGUAUACGUCUACCUUAGGUCAUGAUGAUCUGACGGCUGUAGGAAGGCAGGAACUGUUUGAUCACGGCGUAAAUUUCAGGCUCAGGUACCAGCAUCUCACCGCCGAUGCUAUUUUGGCUGGCGAUCAAGAUAGGGUCAUCGAAUCGGCGCAGUGGUUUGGGCAAGGGUACUUUGGUCGCAGUUGGUCUGAGAUUUCUGGGAAUGCAUUCUCUACAAUACCUGAGGACAAUGUAACCGUCUCGUGGAUAACGCCGAUGGAUACCUGUCCUAAGUGGCAGUAUGCCUUUGGCGGUGAUGCUGUCACUUCCUGGGGGAACAAAUACUUGCCCUCCAUCACAAAGCGGCUGAAUCGACUCACACCCGCACUCCGUUUCACGGAUGCGGAUACCCACGGAGCACUCUAUGCCUGCGCGUACGACUAUGCGGCGCUCCGCACAUCCCCCUGGUGCGGAGCGUUCACAGAUCAAGAAAUAGCCAGCUUCGAAUAUGAGCUUGAUCUGUUGAUGAAUGGCGCCUUUGGGUACAAUCUCCCUGGCGAUAUGGGGCCAACUCUCGGUAGCCUGUAUGUAAACAAGCUGAUUGAACGGUUUUCUAAUUCCUCGAGUGAUGCAAAGGCUGUCUAUUUAGAGUUUGGGCACGACACAACCAUUGACAUGGCUUUGACUGCACUAGGGCUCGCGAAAGAUUCUCCGCCACUCUCACCGACGGGCCCCGUCCGUCCAAAGCGGAAGUUCAGGACUUCGGAACAAGUCCCAUUCGCUGCUCAAAUGGUCUGGGAAAAAUUUAGCUGCGAUUCAUCGUUUCACGGCCCCCAAAUCCGCCUUGUCCUCAACGAUUCGCCCUUCCCGCUGACGUUCUGUUCAAAGACAUCGUCUGACAGGUCUUACGGAACGUGUUCGUUCGAUGCUUUCGUCAGCAAAAACAGCUUCAGCACAUCUCGACAAUGGGGAGAUGCCGCGUGGAAUGCUACCUGCGGUGCUUCGUCGCUGUAA